GACGAUGGAACCGUUACAAGCCUUUUUCGAGACCAGUCCGGCGGUGACGCUCGGCCGCGAACCUUGAUCCAAAGUGUGGAAAAUCGAAGAAUCGGACGAAACGAGCUCUCGCCUGGACCGGUUCGAUCCUCCAGUUGCUCUUCGACGACGCUCUGACGCGGAUUCACAAACAUUUUCAACGAAUAAGACACGAUAGCCUGAAAUCAGUGAAACAUCUCAGACGUUCACGAAGCACUUUUGCAGUAUUUUUGGAGUAUUUUUUAAGUACUCCCCAAGCACUUUUGGAGUCUGGCGGAUUUGGCACAAGUUUGAGAGUGGAGAUCUCUUCCGCAGUUUGAAAAUUUGAGGAGGCAAUAUGAAGACUAUUGGCUGCCUUUUGGUGCUUCUACUGGCUCGACAGGCUAUUUGCGGAAUCCUUAGGAAUCCACCAGCCUUCUCGAAGCCGGAUUACUCGGAUUCCUAUCUUCCGGCAGCCAUGCAGGUGAUAUUUUACGCCGUCGAACAAUUAAAACUUCUUCGAUCAGAAGAGGCUAUGCAGAGUUCCACCUUCACAGAAAGCCCUUCCACUUCACCCAUUAGCUUCAUAGCCGAAGAUCAACAGACUGCUUCUCAAGAUCCUCCGACCAUAUGCAGUAUCGCGAUAUCCCAAUCCUUGGACGAGUCAAAGGGGGAGGAGGACGAAUCCAAGUCGGAAAACCCGUCGAACGACAAAACAGGAGCAUCGGUGAUUAAGGAAACUUCGAAAAAUAAAACCGAAGAUUCGGCAGUUGAGGUAGAACAAACAACGGACGACAAGUUGAAAGAACCAAGUGCAGAAAAGACACAGGCAGGCGAAACGGGCGAAUCAAACGCGCAAGAAACGGAAAAAGACAAAGUGGAGGGGUCGAAGGUCGAAGAAGUGUUCGACGAUAAGACGGAAGAUUCCAAAGCCCAGGAAACGUCGACCGACGAAAUGGACGAAUCGAAGACGCAGGAAAUCGUGAAACACAAAGCGGACGAGGCUGCUAAGAACAAAGUCGAACAGACGCUAAACGCGAAAAUGGAAGAAACAUCGACGAGGAUAACGGAGCAAUCGAAAACGCAAGAAAUCGAGACAGACAAAGAGGAAGAAUCGAAGACGCAAGAGGCGUCAAAGGACAGAACAGGUGUCUCCAAGGCGGAAGAAUCGUCGAAAGACAGCGCGGAGACUCUGGUGGCGCUGGAGACGUCGAAGCCAGGUGAAAUUGACCAGCAAUCGAUGGAGGAUCCCUCGACGCAGCCAGAGUCGCCAGAGGUGAACGAGGAAACGCCAGAAACCAACUACGCGACGCCGGAGACGAAUUACGAGGAACCGGAACGUGUGCACGCCGUGCAAGAAACGAAUCAAGAAGUCCCCGAGGAGAAUCACGAAUGGAUCUCCUGGUCUCCUACGGGCACGGAAACGAAGCUGGAAACGACGACUGCGUCGAGCGAUCCUGAUGAUUCCACGAGACCCGAAUCGAUCGUUGCGAACGUCGACAAGAAGAAAGAACCGACUAUCGAUAGCGUGGUGCAGGAUGUCUAUCAGAUCUUGAAACCUAAACCGUCCAAGUUCGCAGACGCGGAUCAUUUCGAGGAAUCGAAAAGCGUGGCUGGGAUUCCCAUGGAGAACGUGGAAGAGGAGGAGGACGAGACAAGAUUCACACGUUUAGGCGAGAAGGUGACGCAAGUGCCAAGGCCAAGCCUAAGCAGUUACCUAAGACGUUCAAAGGUGCCACCGAGUGCGACUCUUCAGCAACUCGCCAACCUGUACGACUCGUUGAGCAAAGAUGCCAGGAAGCAGGGAUUCGGGAAAUACACAGGUUUCUCUGACGAUGUUCUCAAUACUCUACAAAGUUCCGCGGAGGGUGGUAUCGGACCACAGCUGAAGAAGAUUCUGUCGAAGCUGCUGGAACGAAACGAGUUGACGAGAGAAGACGCGAGAAUGAGAACAUCGCUGGCUGUUCGAGAUCUCGACAACCCUUCGAGCAUGCUGAACAAAGACCUGAGACCCUUGUUACCCUUGCGUUAUUCCCCAUAAUUCUCGACAUUAACGUAACAUUACAUUAUGACAUGUGUCGAUAAAUGAUUAAUCGAUCGGGAAUUUUUACGCAAUUAUGGGAAGCUUAAAGGUGUAAAGAUAUACAAAAUGCAUGCAUAAUAUGUAAAAAUGCAGGAAACCCGCGUAAGAUUUAUAUGAAAUGGCGAAUUUAAUAUGAAAUAUCGAAAAUAGAAUAGAUGUUAGCGGUUACAAUUAGAACGCGGAUUUUUAUGCGUUUGUGGGAUACUUGAAAUGCAAAAAAUUGCACAGAAUGCAUACGUUAUGAGGAAACAUAUAAAAUGUCCAAGGUACAUAAUAGCGCUUUCCAUAAUUACUUAACGGGUAAAAAACGAUUUUCUACCGAGGUUCUACGUUUUUAAUUAUGCUUUCAAAAAUAUGAAUUUCCGUAGUUGUUGUCUAGUUAUAAUUAGAUCGCGGAUUUUCGUGCAUUUGUAAAUUAAAAUGGAAAUUGAAAAGGAAAUUCAAAUCGCUAAAAACACACAAACUGCGCGAGAUUAAACUUAGGAUGCAAAAUAUUAAAUACCAUUUAUGGGAUUUUCAAAGAUCCGAAAACGCACAGAAUGUACAUAAUAUGCAAAAAUAUACAACAUAUAUAAAAUAAAGUACUCGUUAUAAUAUA